AUGGACGAUGACUUGUACGCCGCGGACGUGCCGCAGCUGAGCCCGCUUAGCCGGCUGCCGCACGAGCUGCUCCUCUACGUGGCGCGGCAUCUCCCGCUGCAGGACUUUUGCGCGCUGCGUCUGACCAGCCAGCACAUCUCCAGCAAGCUCCGCGUCCUCCUCGCCCGAGAAGACUUUGUCGGCGUGCCGUGGCGGGACAGCGCCGCGCGGCUCGAUGCGCUCGCGCGGCUGCCCGAGUGCGCGCAGCAGAUCCGCCGCGUGCGCGUCCGCUCGCGCGCCGUGUACGAGGACGAGGAGCAGAUGGCGUGGAGCGAAGAGCCCGGCUCCGCCGCCGCCGCUCCCGAGCCGCCGCUGUGGCCGCUGAGGCCGACGAGCGCGACGGCGCGGCGGCUCGCGGCGCACCCCGAGGAGAAGCGCACCGCGCCGCUGCGGGCCGACCUGCUGUGCGACGCGCUGUGCCGCCUGCCGAAGCUCGAGGAGCUGGAGCUGCGCUGGGGGCGCUUCCCGUUCAUGUCGCGCGCGGACCUGGGCCUGGACGUGGAGCUGGGGCUGGACCCGACGGGCGAGGACGACGCGGACAGCGAGCUCGCGCGGCAGCUCGCGUACACGACGGCCGGGUGGCAGGUGGAGAUGCUCGUCGACCUGGCGGCGGACGCGCAGCCGCUGCGGGCGCUCACGGUCGCGCCGCUCGCGCUCGACGCCAUGGACCAGGCCAGCUACCUGCCGCUCGUCGCCAACCUCUUCAACUCGCUCGUGCGGCUGGACCUGCAGCUGACGGCGCGGGCGCAGCGCGACGACCCGAGCCUGCUCAGCAAGCUCGAGGACGUGCUCGAGGCCGCGUGGGUGCUGCGCGAGCUGCGCCUCGACCUUGAUGAUGGCGGCUUGGAGAGGGGCUGUGGUCUGACGGAGGAGGAGCAGGAGCAGCGCGGGGAGGAGCACGGCAGCCGGGAGCUGCUGCCCAAGACGACCAUCUCGAACCUCCAGUCGCUGACGCUCGUGCGCGCCGUCACCAGCCUGAGCGACCUGGCCGCGCUGCUGAAGCGCCACGCGGGGACGCUGCGGACGCUGGAGCUGCGCCAUGUGCGCGGCGCGAGGCCGUCGUCGCGGAAGAGUCCGUCAGGCUUGGCAACGUGGGAAGAUGUCUUUCGCGUGGUGCACGAAGACCUGCCCAAGCUGACGAGGGCGACGAUGCGGGGCCACUUUGAGGAUUUCGACAAGGAGAUAUACUUUCAAGUCGGAGAAAAAGAGGGCGAGGAGGAAGAGCAGCAGCAGGAGGAAGAGCAGCAGCAGGAGGAAGAGGAGGAGUACGUGCGGCAUGGACAAGGGCAGAAUGGCGAGGGCUCAUCGUCGUUGCAAAUCCGCGAGCGGGUGCCGGUGGUGGACCCGGAGCCGUUGGAGAGAUAUUUGGUGCGGCUGGGCAAGGCUCCGACGCUGGAUUGGAAGAGUGUUGCGUUUUGA